UGCAAAAACAGGAAGCUAGUCCGUUUUCCUCUUAGUCCAUCUAAAUAGCAUGGUCUACACAUGUUAUUUUACUGCUCAAUUUGCUCUUUUCGUUCUUUCUGUUGAUUGCUAAAGAUGGAAAGGUCGACUAAGUCUGUGACCGGCAAGCGCCUCACUUCCUGUUCCCGUGAUACGGAAAGAAAUGUCAGUGGCGCCAAUGAAGAGAGUGGCUGGACUGCAUAUUUCGACGAUCUUUACAGCAGCUACAAUUACAGUGAAUAUAUGUCUUUGUCUCUCGGUAAGCAUCAGUGUCGGAGCUCUUCCCUAUUAUCCGACGCUGCAUCCGUAGUUGGUAAUAAGACUCCGAAGAAGCUGGAUUCGGCUCCAGAAAACGUUAAAAGACAGAAUUUCAAGAAGAGAAGAACUGCAAAAUCUUUGGUUGACGAUGAGGGGAUUGAAGAUACGGCUAGCUCUCUUCAUCGGAAUAACGAUGAUACUGCUAGUUCUAUUAAUAUAAACAGUUCCAUGGUUAGGAACGACAUUUGCCGCUUUCCCCGAUUCUACUUCCACUGAACAUCCAACGCUUCAAUGCAAGUACCACUGCAGCAGAGAAGUUUAGUCCAGACGAUUCGGAGCUUGAUUUCACUGGCCGUACAAUUGCCAAGGAAAUAAAAUUAGUGAACCAGGUCCUACUGACCCUCUCGUGGAGUCCAUUGCAGCUUGCAGGUGAUCCAGGACUUUCUCAUGUGAUCACGAGUGUUAAAAUCUAUAGUUGAGGCAUGGAAAUGAAGGAUCAAUGUAUUGAUCUUUUUUUUCUUCCCCUUGUUAGUUCAUAUUGAUCCUACUUACUAGCUUUUGUCACCGCAGUCCUCUACGAUACUGACUUUCCUCUGUAUCCCGACAUAUAGCUUUGCCAACAAUACUGAAAUGAAAACAGUUUACUAAAAAAAUGCCAUUCGAUAUACCGAUUCCUUGUAUAACAAUUUUCUUUCUGUUUAUAUUGCACGCUCUUGUCUUGCAUAUUUUGCCAACCUAAUUAACCUACGAUCAAUUCCAUAAUCUGUAAUAGUUGUGAAGUAAAAUACCGAGUUGGACAUUGGAUAAUGGAAUGGGAUUAGUUGCUGACCACUCUCGCACGUCUCUCUCUGCCUCCUCUUUAUCUCUCACACGAUCCCGGCCAAGGCUCUGUAUCUUCUCUCUUUCACACGAUGCCGGCCAAGGAGAAAAGAAGACAACGACGCUGGCUGGAGAAAGGACAAAUCGACGGCAGAUGAGAAACAAAUAACGGCAGUAUCAUGGAACUGUUAAUUGUACUCUUUGUUGUACUAGGACACAGAAACGUGGGCCUUAGGAUUGUCCUACAGAAAACCCAAUAUAUUGUAAAUAUUGAGUUAUGACUUAUGAGGUUUUAAGAAGUUAAUAUGAGAGGGAGAUCCUUUCCAAGAAUUAGUGUCAUCUUAAUGAUUAUUGGGUACUAGGGAAUAUGUAGUGAGUUUAGGAUCAAAAUUUCAGAGAAAUUUUAUUAUCACUCACACACUAGGCAAUUAUUGACGUUUACUCUCACACACAAGAGCUGGUGCUCUUUACACUCUAUCUUUUAGCUUUUCUUGCUCUGAAUCUGUCACAAGAGAGGCUUGCUAUUUAUACUACAAAUGUGCAACCAUCCACCGCCAUUACUAGGCAAAAAAAUCUUGUAUGUUUUUGUUUGUGGUAGUUUUAGUGUAUAGCUCACUUUUUAUUUCAUUAUUUUAGUUUGAUUAUUGGAGGUAGUUGGCGGGUGAUAGGAUAGUUAGCACGCGUCAACAACUAUCCCAUUAUAAGCUAAGUAUAACUUAAGAUGACAUUGUCGUAUAACUUAAGAUGACAUUGUCAUAUAGAGGUGAUCAAGGUCGUAUUUUACUCGGGUCCUAGUAUUCUAGCCUACUUCCCACCUAGUUGCUAAUUAGUUAAUCUGUUUUGAAGGUUUGAGUGGAGAACUUGAGGAGAUAACUAGACUAGAGAUUGAUCAAAGUUAAAAGCAGGUACUUCAGGGAACUAAUCCUCCCCCUAGCUUAGGGUUACUAAGCAUUCUUAAAUACUUAGGGUUGGUGAGUGAGCUCUGUUCCGGCUUUCGUGACUAUCCACACGCCUUCGAGUACGUCUCCUCUAAACCCAUAUAUAGUCACAUCGAUCUAGGCUAUCGUAUCUGGGACAUUUAGCUCAUGGCUCAUUUCAAUGGACACUAUCCACCGUCCACACCGAGGUUUCAUCCCGGGUUCUAUCUAGGAAGGCUAACCUACGGCAGGGGUUCGAUCUCCUCAACUACCAUAGGUCCCUAUUAAUACAUCUAUCUCGAUUUGCUUGAUGGCGCAUAUCCGUCUAACCCUAGAACUCCAUACCCAGCGUAGAAUAAUAAAGUAGGCUAAUAGAGAAGAUUAGGGCAACUUACCCAAACGCCAUCAAGGAUAGAAUAGCAAUAGAAUCAACUAGAUAACCACAUUCAUUCAUUCAAACCCUAAAAUAUUCAUGUGUACAUAAUAAACUCUAAAACUAGGG